AUGUCGAUUAGGUUGGCAAGGUCCAAUGUGCAAGCAAUGUGCCAUUUUGCCAGGAUGUGUGCACGGAACCUGUCAUGGACCUCUUGAAUGUCGCUGCGAGCCAGGAUGGACUGGGUUCUUGUGUUCAACACCUAUCUGCUCCGCCGGCUGUAGUCGCGAGCACGGCGGCUGCCGUCGACCGAAUAGCUGCAGAUGCAGGGUCGGCUACACGGGGCCAAACUGCACCGAGUGCGUUCCCUACCCGGGCUGCGCUAACGGCAGCUGCAGGAAGCCCUGGGAGUGUCGGUGCAAGCCCGGCUGGACCGGGGAGCUCUGCGACGAGCGGCUCACCUACUGCGACGAUCAUCCCGGCAUCUGUCUCAACAACGCCACGUGCAUCAGCAUGACACCCGAUGAUGCCGACUACAGGUGCGUCUGUCCUCUGGGCUUCUACGGUCGACAGUGUGAGAAGAAAACCGAAUUCCCGGCUACCGAUCUGGUGCCACCAACGCCCGUGGAUCAACCCUGGGGUAGCAGCAUGAGCUCACCCUCGUUGACGACACCGUCAUCAUCGUCGAGCAAUGUAAUGGCAGAUGUGACGACCGAAGAGACAAUAGAACCACUUGGGCCAAUUGUCAUUACCGAUCCACCGAGCACGGUGGCAGAAGCUUCGCAUACCGCGGGAAAGUGGCCUCCGGAACCACCUACGGAGUCACCACCUCAACACUUGGAUGCUGAGAAUGAGACGUAG